AUGGGACGACUUGGCGGAAAGAUAGCCAUCGUGACUGGUUCUUCCAGUGGGAUAGGCCGUGCAAUCUCGCUCGAGUUUGCCCGAAAUGGUGCCAAAGUGAUCUGCGCAGAUUUGACCGAGAAAGCCCGUGCUGAUGUUGCCUCUGAACUGGCUAUCACAACGCACGAUCUGGUCACAAAGGAAGGCGGGGUAGCCGAGUUCUUCAAGGUCGACGUUACCAAAUCCGAAGAACAAGAGGCUUUGGUGAAAUAUGCUGUCGAGAGGUUUGGCAGGCUGGAUAUAAUGGUUAACAACGCCGGUGUUGCCAUGGAAGCCAAGGAUCCCCAACCUAUUUGGAGCUUCGACCAAACUGUUUUUGAGAGGGACAUGAGUAUCAACGUAGUAGGAGUGUUGCUUGGAUGCAAGUAUGCCUCCGCCCAGAUGAUCAAACAAGACCCGCUUCCAUGUGGCGACAGAGGCUGGAUCUUGAAUACAGCGAGCGUGCUUGGCAUGGUUGGCAGCCCGGGUAUCACUGGUUAUGUGACAUCCAAGCAUGCUGUGAUGGGACUUACCAAAGCAGCGGCAUGGGAUUGCGCGCCGCACCGAAUCCACGUGAAUGCUGUGUGUCCCGGGUGUAAGUACUUUCCCUUGACCUUUGGCUACCCGAAACCCUUAUCACCACCCGGAAAUAACAUUUCGCAGACACAGACACAGCCUUGA